AGUAUUAAAACCCCACUUACAUUUCCACCGUAAAACCGAAACCCCUAUCAUUAUCUUCCAUUUUAUCAUAUUCCUACAACUCUCUCAAAAUUAUUCACAUCAUGUCAUUUCCCGGCGACUUACGUCAUUUGCCGCCCAACACAAUCGGAGAUGAUCCUAGGGUUCCACUGCUCAACCUCUCCGCCGUUCAAACACGAAUGGAUUCCCUCCAGAAAUUUCUCUCAGAUUCGGUCAACUCCAAUACUUUACUUGGUCAACACCAGAUGAACAUGGUUUCCGACGAAAUCACCUCCGCAAUCCAUCAGAUUAUUGUCAACGGUGCCGCUCUACUCUCAUCUACACAGUUGAAAAAUCCUCCUCCGCCUCCGCCUCCGCCGUCGUCGUCGUCGGCUGAAUUGAAAAUAAAUCUAAAAUCGAAUCAUAAGAGAUCGUUUCCGGAAUUUGAUCGGAGAGAUUUCGAGUCGAAAGUAGAGGUAUUAGACGAAGAAGAAGAAGACGGUGGCGAUUGGGAGAUUAUUGAGCUAGAUGCGGUUGAGCUACUAGCGGAGCACAUCCACUUUUGUGAUUUCUGCGGAAAAGGAUUCAAACGAGAUGCGAAUUUACGGAUGCAUAUGAGAGCUCAUGGAAAUCAGUACAAAACACCAGAAGCAUUAGCAAAACCUGAAAAAUGCAUCGAUUCAUCGAAUUCGAAUAAACGAAGGAGAUUUUCGUGUCCUUUCAUCGGUUGUACCCGCAACAAAACGCAUAACAAAUUUCGGCCAUUGAAAUCGGCGAUUUGCGUUAAGAAUCACUUCAAGAGAAGUCACUGUCCCAAAAUGUACUCAUGCACUCGUUGUAACAAAAAAAGUUUCUCCGUACUCGCAGAUUUGAAAAGCCAUUUGAAGCACUGUGGAGAGACGAAAUGGAAGUGUUCUUGUGGUACGAGCUUCUCCCGGAAGGACAAAUUGUUCGGUCACAUGGCGUUGUUCGAAGGACAUAUGCCGGCGGUAGAAACGGCGCCGGCGAUUGAAAAUGAAAAGGAUGUGGGAGUGGAUAUCAAUGGUGGGUCGGGUAAUGGGUUGUUGGAUAUUAGAACCGGGUCGGAUAAUGGGUUUUUGGAUAGGUUAAUGCUUGAUGGGUUUGAAUCUAUUGAUAGUUAUUGCUUCCAAGAUUUAUUCGAAUCUUCUUCACCAAAUGGUACGGUUCCAAAUACUACUGGAUGGUUUGUUUAGGUUCUCAUCGUAGAUGAGGUUGCUUUUUGCUUAAUCAAUUAUUUUGAAUUCGAGCUCUGUUUGUUAAAAUGUUCUUGCUAGGGAACGUUUUAUGCUAACGUAUAUUUGAAAUGAUGUGCUAGAAUGCAGAUAAUAGAGAAGU